GGAUGUCAUGCUCGGAUGUCUAUUUCCUUUGUGCAUAGAGUGGGGUUUGGUUUUGGUUCUUUAAAAAAAAAAAACAAAAACAAAAAAACCAAGUUGUUACUUUGUAGUUCAGGGAGGCUUGGAACUCACGACUCCAGCCUAGGCUGGUCCUACCUCAGCCUCCUGAGUGUUGAGAUUAAAGGGGUGCAUCGCCAUCCCUGGCCUCCCUGUGCUUCAGGCUGUUCUCUGGUUGCUGCCCAGCUCCUCCGUCCUCUUCUCUGUCCUCUUUCAGGGAACUUGGCUCGUCUCUCGUACAUGCGGGUGAAGUAUCUUUUCUUCUCCUGGUUGGUGGUUUUUGUGGGAAGCUGGAUCAUAUAUGUGCAGUAUUCAACCUACACAGAACUAUGCAGAGGGAAGGACUGUAAGAAGAUCAUAUGUGACAAAUACAAGACUGGAGUUAUUGACGGGCCUGCAUGCAGCAGCCUCUGUGUCACAGAAACACUGUACUUUGGAAAAUGUUUGUCCACCAAGCCCAACAACCAGAUGUAUUUAGGGAUUUGGGAUAAUCUGCCAGGUGUUGUGAAAUGUCAGAUGGAACAAGCUCUUCAUGUUGAUUUUGGAACUGAACUGGAGCCAAGAAAAGAAAUAGUGCUAUUUGAUAAACCAACCAGGGGAACUACUGUACAGAAAUUCAAAGAAAUGGUCUACAGUCUCUUUAAGGCAAAGUUGGGUGACCAAGGCAACCUGUCUGAACUGGUUAGCCUCAUCCUGACAGUAGCCGACGGAGACAGGGACGGCCAGGUCUCCCUAGGAGAAGCCAGGUCAGCAUGGGCGCUUCUCCAGCUGAACGAGUUUCUCUUGAUGGUGAUACUUCAAGACAAAGAACACACCCCCAAACUCAUGGGGUUCUGUGGUGACCUCUAUGUGAUGGAAAGUGUUGAAUAUACCUCUCUCUACGGAAUAAGUCUUCCAUGGGUCAUUGAACUUUUUAUUCCAUCUGGGUUCAGAAGAAGUAUGGACCAGUUGUUCACACCAUCGUGGCCUAGAAAGGCCAAGAUAGCCAUAGGACUUUUAGAAUUUGUGGAGGAUGUUUUCCAUGGCCCCUAUGGAAACUUUCUCAUGUGUGACACUAGUGCCAAAAACCUAGGAUACAAUGAGAAGUACGAUUUGAAGAUGGUGGAUAUGAGAAAAAUUGUGCCAGAGACAAACUUAAAGGAACUUAUUAAGGAUCGCCACUGUGAGUCUGACCUGGACUGUGUCUAUGGUACAGACUGUAGAACUAGCUGUGACCAGAGCACAAUGAAGUGCACUUCAGAAGUAAUACAGCCAAACUUGGCAAAAGCCUGUCAGCUACUCAAAGACUAUUUACUGCAUGGUGCUCCAAGUGAAAUCCAGGAAGAAUUGGAAAAACAGCUCUAUUCUUGUAUUGCUCUCAAAGUCACAGCAAAUCAAAUGGAAAUGGAACAUUCUUUGAUAUUAAAUAACCUAAAAACAUUAUUGUGGAAGAAAAUUUCCUACACAAAUGACUCUUAGUUCAUUUGGAUAGCACUGCCAUUGAGAAAUUCUAAGAACAUUUCAAAGAAUGACUUCUGCCUUCUGGGUCUAUGAAGCUAUCUCAAAUGUGCUAUGACAGUAACGGCAGGUGUAGGGCCAAGAGAUGUCCAAACUCAUCCCUGCCCUGUUGCAAGUUCACAAGUACAUUCACUGUUAACUAUUGACUUAGAAAUUAAUGCUGUGAAAAGCCUCAUUCCUCAAACAGUGAGUGCUGUGUAGACCUGUUAGCAAAUCCCAUUGCUGGACAUUGUUUGCAUUGAAGCUGCUGUCUAAACAAGGAAAUUUAUGUAUGAAUUUACUAAUGUUUUAGCAUGGUAAAAGUUUGCACAUUAACACAAAUUAAAAAUGCCACAUAGGUAAAUUAAAA